UGGGAGUGUUAGGCUACUUUCAAAUGUUCUCCCAACAUUCUGAAACAACUAGUAACAUUGUUUUAAAAAAAUGUUAACCGAACAUCCAACUAAAACAUCUUAGAAAAAAGGUUCCAUUUCCCCUUUUAGCUGAGAAGGAAAUCUAAUGUUUGCCUUUGUUUACGCAGAUCGCUGAUCUACUGUGAGAUGUGGAAACAUCCAACCUAACAGUACUUUUCCACCCCUCCCCUCGACUACAGCCGCCCACAUUCAGCUCUAACAAACCUUCAGUUUGACAGGAAGGCUGGAUUUGGUUUAGAGACUGGUCUUCUUCAGGGCCAGAGAGAAGAGAAUUUAUGACACAACCUCUUCGCUUCUGCUGAAUACUCUAGCUUGUGGAAAUGGAGCCUUUGUAUGCAGCAAACACACAGUUCUCUCUAAACCUGUUCGAGACGAUCAGUGGAGGAAAUGCAUCAGGAAAUGUGUUCUACUCUUCGAUCAGCAUCUCCUCGGCUCUGGCCAUGGUGUCUCUCGGAGCAAAAGAAGGUCCUGGGUUUUACCAGUCCUGCUGAAAAAACUGAGGAGCAAAUUCAUUCCAGCUUCAACGAGCUCAUGAGUGAACUGAAGAAACCAGGAGCUCCGUAUGUGUUGAAUCUCGCCAACCGUCUCUACGGAGAGCAAUCCUACCAGUUUGUUGAGAAAUUCCUUAAUGAUGCAAAAAGAUACUAUGAAGCCGGACUGGAGGAGGUGGACUUCUAGAUGAAAUCAGACCCUGCAUGUGUCAACAUCAACAAAUUGGUGGAGAAAAACACUCAAGUGACCUUUAAUUUGAAGGAAGAGAAAUUGGGCGAGUGACUUUUUUGCAUCAAACAUGUGUCACUUUGCUCACAUCUGAUUGGUCCAAUGUCGGUUUGAGAUCUCUAACCCAGAACAUAACCUGCCCUGGAGCAGGUUGGCUGUGGAGUGUAAGUUACUAUGGCAAUGAACGCAGCUAAAAUAAGCCACAUUCAUGGUACUUAAAACGCAGGAUUGGUGCAAACUAAACUGAAAGCUACCCGGCUAGCCAGCUAAUCCGGCUUCAUGGUACAGGGCCCCUGUACUUGUAAUUAUUUAAAAAUAAAUAAAUUUAAAAUGUUUUAAUUAUGCAUGAACAUUCCUACACUUUCAGAGCUGAAUAUCUGUACAAAAUAUUUUUACAGAACUUAAAACGAAUGGAACAACCCAACUAACAAAUUUACAUUCUAAGAAUGUUUUGCUAACGUUCCGAUUAAGUUAUGAAAGCGUUAUUUCAGAAUGUUCUUUGAACGUCCAAAACUAUUUUUCUUUUUUCUUUUCAUGCAAACAGUAAGCAAACUUUCCACUUUAUCUUCGUAAAUUAUCUAUUUAAUUUGCAAACAUUUUGGGAAUGUUACUUCUGAGUGUUCUCCAAACAUUCUGAAACAACUAGUAACAUUUAAAAAUGUUACACAAACACCCAACUAAAACAUUUCAGGAAAAAAAAGUUCCAUAAAUGACAUAAAUAAUAUUUUUGAGAACAUUAUCAAAGACCAAAUAGCUUUGAAAGAACACUAUUUAUCUGAAAGAACCUUGGCUAAAUGUUCUGAGAACGUUCCCUGUUAGCUGAGAAGGAAAGCUAAUGUUUGUCUUUGCGCAGAUCACUGAUCUACAGUGAGAUGCUGAAUCAUCCACCCUGACAGCACUUUACCACCCCUCCCCUCGACUACAUUCAUCUCUAACAAGCCUUUAGUUUGACAGGAUGCUGGAUUUGGUUUAGAGGCUGGGCAUUUAUUAAAAGGACACAGAAGAAAAUUCAUUGACACAGGGACACUUCUGCUGAAUACUCUAGCUUGUGAAAAUGGAGCCUUUGUCUGCAGCAAACACACAGUUCUCUCUAAACCUGUUCAAGAAGAUCAGUGAAGGAAACAAAUCAGGAAAUGUGUUCUACUCUCCGAUCAGCAUCUCCUCGGCUCUGGCCAUGGUGUCUCUCGGAGCAAAAGAAAACACAGCGGCGCAGAUGUUAAAGGUCCUGGGUUUUAACAAUCCUGCUCAGCCGGAAUCUGGACAAAAAACUGAGGAGCAAAUUCAUUCCAGCUUCAACAAGCUCAUGAGUGAACUGAACAAACCAGGAGCCCCGUAUGUGUUGAGUCUCGCCAACCGUCUCUACGGAGAGCAAUCCUACCAGUUUGUGGAGAAAUUCCUUAAUGAUGCAAAAAGAUACUAUGAAGCCGGACUGGAGGAGGUGGACUUCAAGAUGAAAUCAGACGCUGCAUGUGUCGACAUCAACAAAUGGGUGGAGAAAAACACUCAAGGAAAGAUCAAGGACUUGCUUCCACAGAGAUCCAUCGAUGAAAUGACGAGACUGGUUUUGGUGAACGCCAUCUACUUCAUUGGGAACUGGGAGGAGAAAUUCCCAAAGGAAGACACCAGAGAUGGACAGUUUGAGCUGAACAAGACUCAAACUAAACCAGUGAAGAUGAUGCAUCAAACAGAAGAGUUUCCUCUGGCCUUAAUCCCAGAGAUGGACAGUCAGGUUCUGGAGCUGCCGUAUGUUGGGAAGAAUCUCAGUAUGUUGAUCAUCCUUCCUAACGAGAUUCAAGAUGAAACCACUGGCCUUCAGAAGCUUGAAAAGGCACUGACCUACGAGAAGCUCAUGGAGUGGACCAAACCCAGCAUGAUGCAGAAACAAGAAGUUCGAGUAUCUCUGCCCAGAUUUAAGAUGGAGGAAACCUAUGACAUGAAGGAUCUUCUGAUCAGCAUGGGAAUGGAGGAUGUUUUUAACAAACAGAAGGUGAAUCUUUCAGGCAUGUCGCCCAACAACAACCUGGUGGUGACGAAGGUGAUUCAUAAAGCCUUUGUUGAAGUAAACGAGGAAGGAACCGAAGCGGCUGCAGCCACCAGCAUUGAGUCGAUUUUAAUGUCUCUGAGGUUCUCCCCAGUCUUUAACGCAGACCAUCCGUUCCUCUUCUUCAUCCGACACAAUCCAACCAAGAGCAUUCUGUUUUACGGACGCUUCUGUUCUCCGUGAGCGAAUCCUGCGCUUUGAGAUCCUUACAGCUAGUUUAGUUGGUGAUCUGGUUAUAAUGAGUAGGGAGACUCUGGACAGCUACUUCUAAUUUAAAUUGUAAUAAUUAAUAGUUAAACAAAAGAUUUACAUUCUAAGUACAGACAUUUUACUCAGCUUGAGAGAAGACUUCACAAUGAACAUCAUAAAUGUUAUGACUCUUGAUGUAUUUAUGUAAUUGAAGAUAUUAAAUGCAUUUCAGUUG